CUUCCUCCCCCACUUCUCGCACCUCUUUCCGCUUUUUGCGCCACUGGACUCUUCACCUUGACCUUGACAACUUUCUACUACUGGCCAGAUACACCACUGCCAAACGACUUCGACUGACCUUACCUUCACGUCGUGCAUCGAAAACUCCGGUAUUGCUCCUUCGUUCUCUCGCGCACAACUGCCACCCUUCUCGCGCCAACAGUGCAAUUUACUACCAAAACAAUCGUACAAUCGUCACCCUCUAGGGACGACGGUUGUAUGCCUCCGCCUUAAUAUACCCUUCCCUUGGUUCAGCUACUUAAUUCAGUCGUCAAAAUGGUUUACGAUUGGGAGGGCAAGGAGGAGAUAUGUUAUCGGAUGUACAUUGAGGAGAAGAAAUCGUUGGAGGAGAUCAUGGAAUACAUGAAGACGGAACAUAACUUCGCUCCUAGUAAACGCGCGUUUCAAACGCAAUUCAAGCGAUGGGAGUUUCCGAGCAAACAGAAUCCGGCGCACAAAAACAUGCCCUUGGUGGCGCGUGUGAAGGAGCUAUGGGAACGUAAUACUAGCCAGAAGGAUAUGCUUCGAAUCCUUAACGAGGAGGAUGGAUUCGACAUUAAGGAGCGUGAGCUUAUGCGGGUACGCGCAAAGAAUCGAUGGCUCCUGCGUGUUCCCAACGGCAUGAAAACGCAGCGAUUUCAAGUCACCCCGGCUCCACCGCCACCACCACCGCCGCCUCCCCCAGUCAAUGGGGAUACCACCAUGCAGGAGCUCGAGCAGGUUCUCCUCCAGCAGCAAGACAAUAAGGACGGUGCAUUGGACGAAGCCACUGCUGCGGCGCUCGUUCCAUUGAUUCCUGAGCCCGAUCUAUCCCCGGAAGUCCUGGCGAAGAGGAGGGAGCGCCUUGAGAAGUUGCAAGCGGAAAGCGCAGAAAGAUGGGCCGCUCGAAAGCGACGACGCCGAACCCGGGGCUGGGCUGGGCUUCCUGCUGAUCCUCCUGGACCUCCCAGGUUUCCAUCGGAAACUACAAUCGAUGAGAGCAAACAACUUCUCAGCUUGGACAAUGAGCUUUAUCGUCAGAUCCGGGAUCAAUUUCAAAGAAUUUGCGAAGAGUGUGGGUUUGUGAAGAAGACUCUGGCGGGUCCAGAACGAUGGCAAGCAGCCAAGGACAGACUCAUCGCGGAAAGUCCACAUCUACAAUCCGUGUUUUGGGGUUCUAAUACGCAACUCGAUGCCAAGGCUUUGGCGCUGGAUGUCGUCUGUACUGAUGUUACAAAGAGAAUGCGGACUCUUGAGCGCCGAAUGACCAUUGCCGAAGCCAAGAAUGCGUUGAACAUCAACCCAGAAGAAAGUCGACAGAUUCGCAACGCCUUUUAUGAGACUCUGAGGGCCGACCAUUUCACCAGCAAGUUAGAGGCAGGAGACGAACAUUGGCGGGAACUCAAAGAUCAGUGGAUUCAGAGCUCGGAUCUUCUCAAGCAGAUUCUUGCUCCCGGUGAUGCGGAUCCCAAUCAUGCGACCAAAGUCAAGGCUAUCGAGGUACUUUGCCGCGAUGUUAUGAAACGUCUACGCGACGACCAGACGAAGCGUGAUCCAUCCCGGAAAAAGUCUACAUCAGCAUCGGCGUCAGCGGCGCUACCACCUUUGGCUUCUCCAGAGGCAGAGCCGCAUCCUGACACCGUGACUACUUCGCCUGUUGCUGGUGUGCCUGCGGGUUCCUCUGCUGCUCCGCCUGUGGCCCGCGCGGUGGGUCCUCCGACCCCGAUGCAACCAGACCAUGGUGACUUGCAGAUUGAUCCUUCGCUCCUGCUUGCUGCAAACGAUCCAUCCCUUACCAUGGAUCAACAGCAGCAACAUCAUCAAUUUGCCACACCAUCCUUUGUCUCAGCGACGCCGUACCCGCCGCCUCCUACUACCAUCCCCAUUUAUUUCCGCCUUAGUCCUCUGUCGCAAAUGCCGCCUUCUGCGCCCAAACUGUGGCUUGGGACUCUUACAUCUAAUUCUGUGGCCGAGUUGCGUCAGCUGGCGACAGCAAAGCAUCCCGGGACAUCCAUCGUGCGUAUCGAGGGAAUGGUCAAGGAUGGGAAUGGCAAUGAGGUUUCCUUUGAGAUUGAUGAAGAUGAUGAGUUGGACGCGUAUCUGGCACACGUUGGCGGCGGCAAAGCCAUCAUCGUAGUCCAAUUAGCAAAUGCUUUUGUGUGA